AUGGAGCAGCCCGCAACAGAGAGACAAUGGACAGAGCAUGAGAAGAUCUACCUACUUGCCGAAAUAUUAAAAGCCGCCCCAGUAUCUUCUCAUGUCCUCUAUGGCUUCAUUCGCGACUAUCACGUCCAGGUGCGAUGGAACGACAUGGCCCUUCCUCCUGGUCGCUCGCUUAACUCAUGCCAACGAGCAUACACUGAUAUCGCUAAUUCGAACGCUGGCACCGGCUAUGGCCGCCCCCCGUUACCGAACCCAAACAUGUAUCCCGGAUCUGAAAUCGCCAGAAAACGUCCUCAUCCGCAGGAAGCUGCUCCCCUCGGUCGCCUUCUACAACCUCGUCCACCCCCACACCCUUACGCUGGCGAAUACAUCCCUGCCGGUGGCCCCGCGUAUGCGACUACGAUCAACACUGGUAACGAACCCGCAAACAAGAAGAAGCGGGGGAGACCAACAAAAGCAGAAGCACAGCAAAGAGCGCAAGAGGCAGCAGCACGCGGCGAAGUCUAUCCACCUCCACGAAGAGGGCGACAAUCGAUCACGGUGCACCCCGAACCAUCCUCUUCUCGACCCAGCCCAAAACAACGACCACAAGCGCAAACCCCACCGCAAACGAUGACGCAUGCUUUGCCCACGAAUACCAUGACUCCACAACACCAAAUGCACGCCGAACAAAGUUCUGAAUCGUCUUCAGGCAAAAGGCGGCGGGCGCGCCCUCAGCCCUUAGAAUUAGAGAAACCCCAACGACACUCCAGCGAAAUGCAGUCUCCUCUCGCCUAUGGAUCCGCGGAUCCCACUCGCAGUCACACAUAUUCUUCGUUCACGCCUAUCUCCGCUCCCUUGCCAUCUUCAGCGGACUCUAGAGAUAGAGAUACGCGUAUGGAAGGGAUCGAAGAGGCUCAACCACGAACCACGACACCUCAUUCGUUUAAAGACACGGUCGGCAUAUGA